CCUUUACCUGGAGCUGUGGAUAGCUUUCUGGACCUGGAGUCAGGACUGAGCUGCUUGUUGUCAGAUGUGAAGUACGCUCUGCUGUUGAUGAGACUGUUAUGUAUUGCAGUAUUCAGAACCAAGUCAGGCCGAUAUGGUUUCUUUGAUCCACACUCCAGAGCAGCCAGAGGCUUGCCCCUACGCCUCAGUUCAUGCACACCAGACUGCAGACCUACAGCUGUCCCUGUGGAGGAACCUCCUCUGUUGGAUGAAGCUGUUAAUGGCUCUAACUCACCUACUCUAAAGAGAAACACAGCCACUGAUCAGACCAUUUCACCUGAAAUGACCCCUCACACUCCAGCUGUAAAACAACCAGAGGUCCUCAUCACAACAUUGCCAUCACAUGAUGCUCCUCACAAUGGAUCAGAAUCAACUGCUCAAGUGAUAAACCCUGUUCUCAAGGAUCCCUCUGAUAACAUAUUGACACGACAGUCCAGUGACAUAAUCUUUACAUCAUCGGUGAGACAACAAGAGGUCAUAUUCCCUGAUAACCCAAAUGAACCAGAACUGUCAAGUCAAACCAGUUUCCUUCCAUCACAUGAUGCUUCUCUCAAUGAAUCAAAUAUUUCUUCAGUAGUAAACACGGUUCCCAGUGAUUUAUCUGAUAUUCUAUUACAGGGAAUCUCAUGUAAAUUGACAAAGUGUAAUAAAAACAAAAGGACAAAAAUGAAGAGAAAACUAAUGAUCUCAGAAAAAACUCGACAAAGAAAAGAGUUUUAAAGAAAAAAGCAAAGAGAAAAGUAUGCUUCAGAUAAAGCAUAUAAAGCCAAAAGAAUAUCUCAUGCAAGAAGGCAAUAUCAGAACAAUCCUGAAUUCAGACAAAAUAAAAUUAAUAACACAAGAGACAAUGUUGACUUACAGCAAAAACGGAAAGAGUACAUGUCCUCCCGGUACAGAAACAAUGCUGAAUUUAGAGAGGAAAAAAAACAAAUCGUUGUCUCUCGUUACAGAAACAAUGCUGAAUUUAGAGAGAAAAAAAAACAGCACUUUACUGACCGCUACAGAGACAAUGCUGAGUUUAGAAAGGAAAAAAACUGUCCUUCACUGCUUUUUAUAAAGACAGAAUCGAUUGUAGACAAAGGAAGAGAUAUCAUAUUAUUCAGCGAUAUGCUCAUGACCAAGCAUUCAGGGUAAGACACAAACAACUAAUGAGACAACAAAUGAAAGACAGAUAUAAAAGCAAUACUACAUAUCGGAGUAUGCAGAACAUGAGAUGUGCCAUGAAAAUAAAAAGGAAAAACAAAGGGUUAAAUAGACAAACCGAAGAAAGUGACAACAGUUUGAUCAAAGAGACCAUAUCUGUUUUCAGAUCUCAAAUAAAAGCUGGCCCCACAUAUGUGUGCACCGUCUGUCAUAAAGCAUCAUUUCCAAACCAAGUGAAAACUUGUAAAAGGUUAAACUAUGUCAAAAAUCCACACAUGGUUGCAGCAUGCCUGACAGGAAAGUACGUCCAUGUUUGUGAUGAUGAGUGCAGAGAUGAACAACAGUGCAAUGUGCCCGAUGAGAGAAGGGAAGAGUGGAUUUGUCACACCUGCCAUAAUCAUCUUAAAGAUGGAGUCAUGCCAACACUCGCUGUAGCUAACAACUUGGAGCUCGCUGACAUUCCACCUGAACUGUGUGACCUCAACAUAUUGGAGAGACAUCUCAUAGCGAAGUGCAUAGCGUUUGCAAAGAUCAUUCCUCUUCCCAAAGGAAGGCAAAGAGCAAUACAUGGUAACGUGGUUUGUGUCCCGUCUGAGGUGCAGGAAACAGUUGAGGCAUUACCCAGACUGAGAAGUGAGUCUCAAGUGAUGAGAGUAAAACUGAAGAGACGAUUGUGUUACAGAGGUCAUCAGCUGUUCCAGACUGUCACCUGGUCUAAACUAGUGCAGGCGCUGCAUAAACUCAAACGCAUUCACCCACAAUAUCAGGACAUAACUAUCAGAGAUGAAGCUGAGCUGUGUGACCCAACACUUCCUGAUGAUGAGGAGGAGGAUGAGGAUGCAACUAUGAAUGAGAACGACUAUGAUGAUGCCGAUUUAAAGGAAAUUGACAUGUGUGAGAAAAGUGCAAUGUGUGAGACAGAAACUGAGCUUGAUGGAGAGCAGGAUGUUGACAUGUUGUCUUGUGAUGGUGAACAACCAGAGGAGCAAAGAGAUGAUGAAGAACAGGAAGGUGACAUGCCUAACGGUGGUUUUGCUCUAGAAUCAUGUCUUCAGCCAUGUGAUGUUUCAGAGGAGAUUUUAUGUUUCAGUGAAGGUAUCUACUCUGUUGCCCCUGCAGAAAGUAACAGUCCAGUUGGUUUUUUCAAAACUCCUAAACUUGAGGCGAUGGCUUUCCCUGUGCAGUUCCCUACAGGUCAAAACACACUGGAUGAAGGGAGACGUAUCAAAGUAACACCCAGCAGUUAUUUCAAAGCAAGGCUUUUCUGUGUUGAUGAUCGUUUUGCCAGAGACACAAACUAUUUGUUCUUUGCACAGUUUGUGACUGAAAUACACUUGGCCACAUCCAGCAUGACAAUACAGUUAAGGAAAGGAAAGCCUAUGACUCGAGAUGGACGAAAAAUAACUUCUGGUAUGUUGCAAAAUAAACGAGAGGUUGAGAAACUGGUGAGAAACAAAGACGCAGUCAGAUUCAUGCAGCCGCUGAGAGGGACACCAGCCUAUUGGGAGAAAACCACAAGAGAUCUUUUUGCCAUGAUCAGACAGUUGGGAACUCCCACAUUCUUUUGUUCUAACCAUCAUGAGUAUGUCAAACACAUAGUGAAACGAAACAAAGACAAAUAUGAGAAAAACAGCGAGGAGAUUGAGAAUGCAGUGGAAGAAUUUGAACAGAACAGAGGAGUGAUUGAUGAAUGGUGUAAUCUGGCUCCAGAAUCUGAAGUGGACAGUCAGAGAUUGACUGCAUUGAAACUGCCCAGCCAUUCUGAGGAGGUGGACAUAUCAAACCCCACGGUCCUGUUGACAGCUUUUACUGGAACUGCAGCCUUUAAUAUAUCAGGAUCAACACUGCACUCUCUGCUCAAGCUUCCACGAAGUCUGAAACCUCCAUUUCAAGGACUUGGUAACCAACUGGAUGAAAUCCGAUCAGAACUUUUAAAUGCUGAAAUCCUCGUCAUUGAUGAAGUGUCCAUGGUGUCAAAGCCCCUGUUUGCUUAUGUGGAUGCGAGACUGAAACAGAUCAAAGGUAGUCCCAAACCCUUUGGAGGAAUGUCAGUAAUAGCUGUUGGAGACUUUUAUCAGCUACCACCAGUGCGGCAAUCCAAGACCUUGUGUGUGUAUGAGCCUUGUGAGAUUGACCUAUGGCAGGAACAGUUUCAGACGAUUACCCUGACUGAGAUUAUGCGGCAGAAGGAUGAUGUUGCCUUUGCUGAGAUGUUGAACCGGAUCCGUGUGAAAGGAAAGUCAGAAGCGUUGUCUCAAGCAGACAGAGCUUUGCUGUCACAGACCAUCACUGAACCAUCACUUUGUCCACCUGAUGUCCUGCACAUCUUUGCAACUAAUAAACAGGUUGAUUCUCACAACUCAGUAACAUUAUCUCUGCUCCAUUCUAAUAUCACCAAGAUUGAUGCAGAUGACUAUAAGAAGGACCCACAAACUGGAAGAAUGGCUCGACAAGACAAACCAUACAAAGGAAACAGAAAUGAGUUACCAGAUACACUAGGCGUAGCCGAAGGUGCUCGAAUCAUGCUCACCAGAAACAUAGACGUGUCUCAAGGACUGGUGAAUGGAUCCUUCUCUACACUAGUCAGGGUAAUAACCUCAGAACAAAGUGGUGUUGCACAUGUCACUAUGCUUGGGCUCAAGAUGGAUGAUGAAACCGCUGGAAGGAAUUACCGUAAUAGAGCACCAGGCCGCUCUGAUGAUGUAGUGUACAUAGAGAGAGCCGAGGACAAUCUGAAACAGAAAGGAGUGGUACACAGACAGUUUCCUGUUAGACUUGCCUUUGCUUCUAUCAGUAGAGUGACCUCUCUCAGUGGACUGCACAUGCUGGAUCUGGAUGAGAGUAAAAUAUAUGCCAACCCAGAAAUCACUGGAGCCCUGCAGACCAUGAGACAAGUCAACUUGGAUGACAUGAUGCCUCUUCUUCGCAUCAAACAGACAUCGAGCAGACGUGACACUCUGACCAUUGUUCACCACGUGCAUAUGAACUAA